AUGCAACCCGUCACACCGGCCACGAGCAGCCAGCCCCAAGACCAAAUAAUCAGAGAAAAUGGACGAGCCGCCAGCCACGCGGAGCUCGUUAAGUGCGACGCCCUCCCCGGCAGCGUGCCCCUCCACUGCACCGUCAGACAGCGCCGCCACAGGAGGUACCCCGACUGCUGCCCGGAAGUGACGUGCCCGCCCAUCGACCCUCCCCCGCCCUCGCCCCCGGGAAGGACGCCCUGGGGGGGAAUGCAGGGCCCUUACCCUGAGGAAAGCUUUGAGGGCGUGGGCGGCCGGUAUCCGGGCGGCGUGCAGCUGCCCACCCACUAUACAGACGCCCGCCCUCGCAUAACUCCGCGCCCCUUCACUUUCAUGGACAGGCCGGAGGUGAUCCUUGGGAGCGGCUACUCAGACCCGUGGCGGGGAGGCAGCCACAAGGGGGACGUCCUCCUGAGGGAGAGGCCCGUCGAAGUGUCGCAGGAGAUCGACGCCUUCGGGUCGGUGGACCUUGACUCGCCCAGCAACGCCCUGGGCGGCUGGAGGAACACGGAUUCCCAGCAGGGUGACUACGACUACGCGGAGGAUGACCUGACGGAGGCGGACGAAGGGGAUGCCUAUUACGACUCCUACGACUCCUACCCCGCGACGGAGGACUAUUUGUCCUCCUCCGCCACCCCGCGCCCCUGGGACGCCUCCACUCGCUACGUGCCGCCGCCCACCACCGCCCCACCCCCGGCGCCCACCGCACGCACGCGCUGGACCAAGCCUUACUUCCCACCCACCACCUCCCGCCCUCACGAACGCUGGACUACCUCGCGGGCGCCUGUCACGACGACCAGCAGCCAGCCGCGUGUAUGGAGCACGACCACGCCCGUCAUCAUCCCCCUGACCAGCACGACGCCGGCGCCGCGCACGCCCUCCUUCGCCAACUCCUCCGGCGACACCUCGAUGACCUACUCGUACUUCAAGCAGCCGUCCAACGUCCGGACGUCGCCGCUCCCUUACCGGCACUACUUCGGCGGCGGAAGCUCUGCCCUGACGACGGAGCUGCCUGCCGCCCCCACCACGCCCACGCCGCCGUCCACCAUGACCACGCCAACGCCGCCGUCCACCAUGACCACACCGCCGUCCACCACGCCCACGCCUCCGUCCACCACGCCCACGUCGCUGCCCACCGAGAAACAUACCAAGUAUAGGCCGACCAUCACCAAGAGGACGACCGUCCCUCCGCCCACGACCACUGCCACGAGGAAGAGGUUCACGACCCCGAGUUUCAGCUGGUCCACCGAGUCGCCGGACGACUCCGAAAUCUCACUGACGACCCUCACCAGUCUCUACACGCCCGUCGAAGAGGGAGGUUCUACAUCCGAGCUGACGAACCUCCUUUACACGACAGACAUCCCCGAGGCAGACUCAGCAACGAGGUACGGCUACAAGAGGAGGAGGCCCACGCAGCGACACCGCACCACGGCCGCGCCUUCCACCGACGCCGAUUACACCAAGGGACACUCCAGGACGACCCCCAACGACUUCAGGUUCGCCGACACCGACCUCGAUCCUCAGGACUACGACAUUCACCAGUUCUUCCACAGCACCAUUGAUCCAUCGGCUCUCAUCCCUGGCCACGACAAGUUCCUCAAGUCUAAACACAAGACCAUCAGAGACUACUUCAAGCAAUCCGUAGACGAGGAAGAAGAGGAACAGGCGGAAGAGGGAAGCCACCGCGUCAAGAAAUCCCGAAGGUCCCUCUCUUACACUGAAGCCACGAUGCCCUACGAAGAGGCCACGCUUCUGCCCUCAGAGGAGGCCCCGGAAGACAUCUCCUCCGACGAGACGAAGCCCAGCGAGAGGCGAGGGCGGCCCGUCUUCUAUAUCCCGUGGCGGCAGCACCAGGCUAAGGCCUUGGUCAUGCCCAUGUCUCCUGCAGCUCAAGACGAAGGCCCAGGCGUCCCCGCGCCCGCGGUGUCCUUCCCGCCCACGAAGUAUGAGCUGGCGUCCGAGGAACACGAUGUGACGUCACCAACUGUCUCGUCCAUUGAACAUCUGUUCACGUCGCCCUUCACGAGGGACAGUUCGCUCUCUACUACGUCGUCAGAUAUAAAGGAGGUCGCUGGCGAGGGCAAAGAAGUUUCAUCCCAGGAAGUCCUUUCCGAAGAGGAUACUGAAAAUGAAGUAUUCGAAACGACUUCCUCGAAGUACUCUGAAACCAUGCUAAAUGGGGCUACGACACCUGCACUGCAAGCCGCUAUGACGCACGCGACGAUCAGCCCGACUACAGAGUAUCCUGCGGUGCCCUCGCAGGAACAGAAGGAUAUACCUAACGCCGAUGGAGUUAACGAAGCUGUAGAGGCAAGCGAUAGAGUGGAUCAUAAUGUCGAGUCGAAAGAGGGAAGAGUCGACAUCCCCCUCUAUAAGGGCGAGGCCAGCGCGCGUCCCCUCCGGAGGCGUCGACCCUUGAGGAGGAGGAAACACCCCGUCGCCCAAGAGGAUGGCACCGAGGAAGGCGCGCCGCCCGCCGCGACGGAGGAGCCGCCCAAGAGGAUCGCGUGGUCGCCUCCGCCGUUCCGCCCGAGCCGAAGCCGCCAGCCGGUCCAGGCGAGAGAAGAGAGCAAUGCCAUCCUCCUCCCGGCUUACGUGGGAGUCUCCCAGAACGAGUACAUGGGGAUCCUCAACUACGAGAUCAAGAAGGAGCCUUCAACGCCUGGGGAUUCCGAUAGCUCCCACAAAGUAUCAAAUCCUACAGCGAGACCGAAGGAUACCAUUGUGGAGUCCAGCCAUGUUACGACGCAGAAGUCUUCCUUGGGCUUGAGUGACACUACUCCAUCUAAAGGGAAGGAGGACGUGUCUUCCUCUGAGGAUACGCCGCUGAAGACAGACCAGUUGAGGCGACAGAGCCACUCUCAGGUUGUGCAAAAAGAGGUCAUCCGGAAGUACCAGCCAGGCGACUACACAGGAUCCGCACCCAGGCCGACGACAGUUACCCUCAUUGACAGUUCUCGUAAUAUCGAAGAGUAUGAGGAAGAGUUCUACGAGGCUGAGACUUUCGAGGAUGAGUCAGAUUCACCUGAUCACUUGCCUCUCGACGACAUCCGAUAUGACCUGAGUAAUCGAGAGGAAGACAAGGGGCUCGGCCUUGAGCCCAGACAACAGCCUUGGUCAGUGGACAAUAGCUUUGCAGGUUCGGACAGGCCGACGUCAUGGACACCUCAAGAUCACGACGACAGAAACGCGCACCUGGCUCCAUCUGGCGUCGGACACCCCGAAAGGCCCGUCGAUUCCCCGCCAUCCGACUUCAACCACUGGAUCGAUGCCGAUUACGACGACUUUUCAACUGAGGACUGGACUGACGACCCCAAUUUUGGCCCGAUUUUCCCCCGUGAUGACGACGACUAUGAAUACGAAGGAGGAGAAAGGACACACGAAGUACCCGAAGCGACAGCGAACAACUCGCCAUUAAAUCCGCGUUUCCGCCCUGUGCCCACCAUGGAGAUCGCUUCCUCCUCUUCAACAACGUCUCACGGGGAUGGGCCUUCAUCUUCUGACGCAGAGGGCGACCAGCGUAUACAGACGACGACCAUGACGACGUCCUCGCCUGAAAAUACAUCUCGAAAUCCUCAUCCUCACUCCGCCACCAGCCAGCCGUCGCCGCCUCCGAGGAACCAGAUGCCGGGUCCUGAGCCUGUCCCCUACAGCCCUUACUUGAAGAGUCCUGCCAGGGGUCCUCAGGCAUCAGAUUUGGCUUCGCUCUCGAACCAUGAGGGAUCCCAGCAAGACGACCUCCCGAACCAGAACCAGGCGGAGGAAUCUUCUCCAUCCGAACAGCCAUCAGCCGAGAAAAGCGACCCACCAAUAACAGACACAACCACAGACACAGACGCUGUUGAGAACGACCAAAGAGGAAACCAAAGACGGCGCCUUCGAAGACCCUCCCUCAGGAAGCUCAUCACUCGCAGGAGAAUCGAACCUUCUCCAGACCUGAGGACGCAGCUCCAUCCAGCGCCAGAAGGAGAAAGAGGAGCAUGA